AUGACCAUAUACUCACUUUACAUAUUUGACCGGCAUUGUGAAUGUGUCUACUACCAAGAUUGGCAUCGUACUCAACCCAUUCGUGCACCUCCAGCAAUAUCGAAUAAACCUGGCGUUCAUAGAAUACCGCCUCCCCUUCAACCGAACGAGGCAGGUGCUCCAACAAGAGAGUCGAUAUUCUCAGAAACGAAUAGGAGUUCUUUAUUGUCAAAUGGGACUAUAGAUGGCGGUGCGAAUAGAACGAACAAAUUACCGAAAGGUUUACCAUUUGAUGAAGAAUCAAAGUUGGUUUAUGGCGUUAUACUGAGUCUGAGAAAUAUGGUCAAGAAAUUAUCUGGAAGAGAGGAAGCCUUUACUUCUUAUUCAACUUCAUCAUACAAACUACACCUUUUUGAGACUCCGACAAAUUACAAAUUCGUACUUCUCUCAGAUCCUUCAUCCGAUUCAUUACGAUUUGUGUUGCGACAAUUAUACGUAGGGCCGUUCGUAGAGUGCGUUGUGCGGAAUCCGUUGGUGAAACUUGACAGCAGGGCAGAAGGGAUUGACAACGAUCAAUUCAGAGCAGCUGUGGAUAGACAUAUGAAGGGAUUAUCGAUGUUCUCGUCAUAA